UUAAUAUCCAUCUUCCUUUCACAAACGUUCAAGCUUGUUCAACAUAUUUCAUCUUUUAUAGCCCAUCGCUGUAACAUUUCCCACGGCGUUCUCAAAAUGUAAGCAAAAUGGUUAGAAUGAAGUCUUUCUGGGCUCGAUUAGGUGGGAUGAAUUUGUAUCCACGACUCCGCCUCUCCAGAUUCUUAAAAAUAUGAUCGUCCCUAAACUCGCACUCGCUUCGUUUCUUUCUUCGUCAUUUCACUGACUUGAAAUGUAAAAGAUACUGAUUGACUGGUGUUUCUAUUCUGUCAGUCAUAUUGUUUUCAACUGCAGUCAUCAAGACUUCGGACACGGGUGUCGUUUUUAGCAUCAACAAUACAAGCCUAUACAACACUUUAAGAAGUAGGAAGUAAAGUUGUGUUUUAGGCUAGCUCGCUAGCUAAAGUUAUUGUACUCACAUUAUCUUUUUAGUUUCAUUUAGUCAGCCAGGCUAGCAAGAAUGGGACUUUUUGGCAAACACGAGAAAGACCCCAAAGCACAAGUCAGUGAAUGGUCGGGCAAAAUAAGGAAGGAGAUGAGAGGGAUGGACAGGCAAAUUCGGGAUAUCCAGAGAGAGCAAGAAAAGGUGAAGCGAUCCAUCAAGGACGCGGCAAAGAAAGGUCAGCGGGAUGUGUGUGUGAUCCUGGCCAAGGAGAUCAUCCAGUCCAAGAAGGCGAUCAGCAAACUGUACGCCACAAAAGCACACCUGAACUCUGUGUUGCUGAACAUGAAGAACCAGCUCGCCGUGGCGCGAAUGGCGGGGGCGAUGCAGAAGAGUACAGAGGUGAUGAAGGCCAUGCAGAACCUGGUCAAAAUCCCCGAGGUCCAGGCCACCAUGAGGGAACUCUCCAAGGAGAUGACCAAGGCCGGCAUCAUUGAGGAGAUGAUGGAGGACACCUUUGAAAACAUGGAGGAUGAGGACAUGGAGGAGGCUGCAGAUGCUGAGGUUGAAAAGAUCCUCUUUGACAUUACAGCAGGUGCACUCGGUAAAGCUCCCAGUAACGUGACCGAUGCCCUUCCGGAGCUGGAGCCUGCUGGAGCUGCAGCAGAGCCAGAAGAAGAGGAGGAGGACCUUGACGAGAUGCAGGAGAGGCUGGCUGCCCUGCGGAGCUGAAUGGACCCAGUGUCUCAGAUGCAGACCCAGGCCUUGUAUCCAGUUCCUGUGUCCCUCCCAGUCCCAAACCCAAUCCCAGUCUUUGUUUCUCUGCUCACACAGACCCUUUAAGGGCACAGACUUUUUCAUGAGGGCUUUUACUCUCUUUCACAUUUUUGAAACACACUGCACUAUGAACGGUGGCGUCAUCUCUGUGCGCCAUCUCUGAAAUGCACCAAACCUUAAAUGGCGGCAUCAUCUCUGCACGCCGUACCAGAAACACACUGAAUGGCGACAUCAUCUAAACUUGCUGAAAGAUCUGCUGUAUCAGAAUUCUGGACAUAUUUUUCAUUGACUGAUUCUUGAGUGUUUCCAAAACACUAAAAAUGGAAUUAAUCCCCAAUCCCUGUACAUACAUGUGUGUGUCUGUGUGUGCAUGCCUGUAUGUGUGUGUGUGUGUGUGUGUUUGCGUGUGUGCCUUUUAUAUGAAAUCUUUUUAUGGUGGAUUGAGUUUAGCCUUCUGCUAUUUUAGCCUUUUGCUACUUUUGCUAUGUUAUCAAUCAUUGAGAUAAAACUGUCAUUGUAAUAGUAGAAGUGCACAGUUGUAAUAUUGUAACAGCAGAACUGCAGAACACCCAUCUGUACACUGCCUAAGUGGUAGACUUAGGCAGUGUACUGCUGCCACCUGAGGCCAGCAGAAGCUGUGGCUGUAUGGGUGGGCUGGCCUGGGUCAAUUACCUAAUUGGAUUCAAAUAAUUUUCUGUGCUAAAUUGAUAUUACCUGAUGCAAGAGGUCCAGGGUUUGCACUUUUUGAGAGUAUUUCAUAGGUUCCAAUACACCAGACAAGCUCAGUAAAACAACUGUGUAUUUGACCCUGGUCCGUCGGCGGGGCACAGGGCACCUGUGAAGGGAAAAGAUCCCACUGUCUCACAGGGCCAGCAGCACCGGGCCCCUGUGCCCCAACCACCUGCACAUCCAGCUAAGCCAAACAACAUUGGGAGACAACCUGCUUAUGCUCGUAGGAAACAUAUUUUUUCAGAGGGAUGUUAUGUUAAAAUAAGUACAGUACAUUUCACUGAGAAAACUUUAAAAAUUUAAAAACUUAGUCUUUAUUAAAGAAAAUGAACUAUUUAAAUGGUGAAUAGGUGGGUUGUUAUUAAUUUUUUUGAGAAUAUAGUUUUAAAUUGUGCAAAUUUAGGAUAAAUAAGCUUAUAAUGGGUGCGUUCCUUCCCAGAGCCCUAACACUAUCUGUUGAAUGUUCAGAAUGUACUAAUAAACUGCCAAAAAAAUAAAUCUACAUUUCCAAACUA